AUGGGGGCCGGAGUAAGGUCCAGCGGCGGCGUGCUGUCGUGGUUGAGGUACCUGCUGAAGGCGCGACGUGCCUACUUCCGCCGCCAGGGUCCGACGGCGGUGGCCCACUUCGUGCGCGCCCUGGCGCUGGCUCGUUUCCUCUACGGCGACCGGCACUGGCGAACGCUUCGCUGCCAGGUGCUGCUGGCCAGAGCGUAUCUCGACCUGCAGGACUUGCCAGCGCAGGCGGAUGAGCAUGCAAGUGAGGCUUUGACAACGAUCCUCAUGUACCAAGGGACGGAACUCAUACCUGACGGCAAAAGCCAGGUACUCCACAUGCAGCUGCUGGCUCGCCUGGUGCGCGGCCAGGCGCUGGUGCAGCUGGGCCAGCCGGCGGCAGCCGAGGACUGUUUGCGCAAGGCGGCCGACCUGCUGGCCACCUGGGGUGAGAACUCGGCGGAGCACCUGGACGCGGAGCACGCGGUGCUGCGGGCCGAGGGCCGCCUGGCCGGUUCGGACCCGGCCGCCCUCUCUGCCGGCCUGUCGGGCCUGCACCAGCGGUGCCUGACACGGCUCGGCGCCGCGCACGUCACCACCAUCAAGGUGGCCGAUCACCUGAUACAGGUACACGUGGAGCAGCAGUACCACGAGAAAGCCACCAGGGAGUGUCGCGCCAACACCAAGGCCAAAGUGGAGACGCACGGCGAGCUGAGCCGGGAGGUGGCCGACAGUCUGCGCUCGCUCAGUCAGCUAUACGUGACCUCGGGUCAGCUGGAGCGGGCAGUGGAGGUGAGCAGGCGGUGCUGGGCCAUCGAGAACCUCAUGUUCGGCCGACAGGACAAGCGUGUCCAGGCCGCGGAGGAGGCCUUCAGAGAACUGGAGAGACGACUGGGCCGAGGCAGCCGAUACGCUGGGCGGGUGCGCUCCGCUGCCUCCACCGCCACGCCCUCUAUAGAUGACGCCCUGCGGCUGUAGCGGCGGCCCCGGAGCUGCGCC